CCGCGCGCAUCAUUUACAGUCCAAGAGCUGAGUCAAGUGGCGUAAUUUCCCCUGAAUUGGAUGUAACCGGUCUAACAAACUUACCUACAAAAAAUCAAAGACGCAUGAUGGCGACACUGUGUGCUUCUGCCGUGUAGUUCAUAAUUUGUCAAUUGAUGUCGCUGAAAUCGUAUAAAACUCGUGGAAAUUCUAAUAAUAUCUUGAUAAAACUUGGACCAAACCGUGCUUACAUUGAAUAGUAGUGAGGAAACCAACAAGUAGACAACAAGUAAGUGUCAUGAACUUUGUCAGUGGUCGUAUAUUACGCAUGUUCAUGUAAAUUACUUGUUUCGGUGACGUCAUUCGAUAAUCGAUUAGAAGAAUUUUCAAAUAAUUUUGUUUUUCCUCAUUUUUCAAAUCAACGUUAUAUAAUCGUGAAUAAUAAAAAUGUCUCCGAGAAUAUUCAUUGUCAAAUUUGAUAAACCUAGUGCUACUUACAUUCCAGGAGAAAAUAUAACUGGUUCUGUAACAAUCGUAUUGGAUGAACCGAAAAGUGUUCGAGAUGUAAGAAUAUAUUUCAAAGGUGAAGCUCACGUUUAUUGGACGACAACAGAAACGGAAGAAGAUAUACAUGGUAAAAGUAGUACAAAAACUGUAAGUCACAGUGCUACUGAAAAAUAUUUCAGUAUUGAACAGUCUCUGAUAAGAAAAUCAAUAGAAGAGAACGAAGUGGAACUUCCGGUAGGAGAAAGCGUAUAUUAUUUUUCUUUCCAAUUACCAAUAAACAUACCAUGUAGUUUCGAACACCAUAUAGGACAUAUUCGUUAUACGGCAAAAGCAAUUGUCGAUAUACCAUGGAAAUUCAAUUGGAAUACUAAAUCUGCAUUUACAGUCGUAACAGGGUUUGAUUUAAACCCUGUUUCGCAUCAAUGCGUAGGAAUAGACGAUGAGACCUUAAAAAAUUUUCAUUGUUGUUGCUUCAAUAGAGGUUCGAUAUGCGUUCGAAUAAGAAUUCCAAGUACAGGGUACGUUCCGGGACAAUACAUAAUGACAGAAGUAUUCUCCAAUCUAAAAUCAGAAAAAGUUCAAAUAACGAAAAUUUCCGCAAAAUUACAAGAAGAACUUACCUUUCAUGCACACGGCUCAACGGAAAGGGAUAUAAUCAUGAUACAAAGGGAUCGAGACGAAGGACCAAUUAAACCGAUUCAUCAAUCGAAUUUGAAACUAUAUGUCCCAUCUCUACCACCAUCUAAUUUAGAAUAUUGUGGUAUUAUUGAUUUGAAAUAUUAUCUACGGCACCUCCUUCUUAUGAAGAAUGUAUGCAAAAGGCUGAUAAUAUCAAAGACGAAGAUGAUUCGAAUUCCGUAUAUGGUGCUGAUUUACCAUUUGCACCAAGAUAUCCGGUUUUCAAUUUUCUUACUCCUAAUUCAUCAAAGUAAAUUACUUAAAUGUUACGUUUAUCUACUGAGCGUAUCGAUCAAAGUACAAAACUUAUAUAAUAACUUUUUAUUACUUAAUUGUUUCUAAUGACAAUACAUAAGUAUUUUUUACUUAUACAAUAGAUUUUUUUCUUGUACUUUUUUCUAUGGUUGCUGUGUAUACCUAAAACUUAUUUCAAAGUGAUCAUUACACGUGUAGUAAGACUAUGCAAAUCAUGAAAGCAAUUUUAACAGGAACGAGUACAGAGAAAAAAAUUAAUUUCUAACAAGACUUUUUUAUCUAAACAAUCGGCACACCUGAAAAAUACUUAAACGAAUGAAUUACAUCUAUCUAAAGAUUCCUUUCCAUAAUUUUUACCCUUAGAAAUUAUUUGAAUAUUUUAAUAUACGA